GAUACCAUGACACUGGCAUAUCCAGCAGGAUAUAGUCCCAUUGUGUUUUAUUUUCCCCAUGUAAUCACAAGGUGAAGCCAUUCUUUUAGCAACCCUUGUCAGGCAUGGGGGUAGAAUAGAUCUUGUCACAUUUUAUUUUGGUUCGUGGUAUGAUGUAUUGAACAGUCAUGAGCGGUAACCUGUGCUAGGCGAUACCCGCGAGGGAUUCAGGUAUUUUACUGAAAUGUUUACGGAACUCUUCCCGGUCAUAGACUGCUGUGAUGGGACGUUUGGAUGACAUGCUUGACAUGCAUGACGUGCGUUGCCGUUGGAGGAUGCAUCGCAGGUUCUUGCAGAUCUUGCGUCGGAGCAAGACGAGUUCUGGCAUCAAACCUUUGUUGGAUUUGCCUUUUGCAUUUGCUGAGGGAUUCACGUGUCACGUUCUAGCUUACGUUACCUCAUAGAACGUUGAGGGCAUUUUCACACUCCGGUCGAACAACGCGUCCGCAAGUGCGCAGCUGUUUGCAAAAAGGGAUCGAGAUAUAAUGCUAAAAAGAAGAAUAUCGUCCCAUUUCAACGGGUGGGCCAUAUCCUACCUGGCUUCCCGCGUUUUUAGACUGCUUCCCUCUGCGUUGGCGGGUUUACAGUGUUUACGGCUUUUUGCUCUUGUCAUACGUACCGCUGUUGGUGUGCGGCUUCAAAGUCCGGCGGGAAACAGAGUUCCUAAACGCUUUUUAGUAUUCGCACCACUCAAUUCACCAUGGAGCGUCGCCAGAGCCCGAAUUCAACGACCACACGCUUGGCAGGCAGCCCGACAGUGAGCAGCCGUGUAAGAAGCUUAUCUGCGGCGACACAAAAUACACAGAAUGUAACUGCUUUGUCGACGACAGCGAGUGCGUUGCUGGCUCCAUCAGGCAUACCUACUGUGUCUCGUAAUACGUCCUUCUCAACUGCCUCGUUCUUGUCUUUGGCUACAACGUCGAUUAAUCGGUCUUCCCGUAUAACUUCGACGUCUUUCCCUUCAAUUCCCUUCCCAACGUUGAUCACCACGCAGCCCAGUGCUACGAUCAAGGUUCUCCCGCCCGCAACAUCCCCAACCCUCACUCCCAUCCUAUCCAUACCGAAACCAUCUGCUGUGCCUUCUGAAUCCGCUGCUGCCGAUCGUAAUGGCGCAGUCGUUGGACACACAGUUGUUCUCAUUAUUUCUGCAGCGGCGGCGGCAGUAGUUUUUCUGACUGUUCUGGGAUGCCUUUGCUUCUCUUGUUUUGUGACGUAUAGACGAAAACGUCGGAGCAAAAAGUUGCAAGCACAAUUUGUUAGUGUUGAUUUGGGAAGUGGGGUUGAGUGGGAUAAAGCACAAACGGUAGGAUCCGUGUUUCUCAAUGGCAGGGAUAGCAACCGUGCUAUCGAAACCGUCAUGGACGAUGAUGCGGAAUCUAGGUAUGAUUCACAAAAAGAAGCUCAGAAAGAGAGUGCAGUGACCUACGGAAGUCCUGAAGCGGCGACUGAACCAUCUCCGCAAUCCGUUCAACCAGCAGAGCAACCUAUGCCGAGCGAGGAACGUUCGCAUUCAGUCCAGAUUAGCCCAAAUCAGACGGCCCCAUCAGACACUCCACAGUCCGCGCGCCGGCCUGCCCGACAUAGUUACACUGAAAAGUGGGUUCAUCACACGACUCCUGAUCCACCGGAGGUCUCUGUACACAAUGCCCCAAGAACAUCUAUUAGGUCAGAUUCAUCGGAUGAGACACUGAUUUUAAAUCCAGAAGAUGGUACCGCGGUAGACGAAGAAAGUGUUGAAAACGCAGCCGAUUCACAGGGAAAGCAAGCCGCGGUGACAAGUUCCCAGCCACCGGAACACCAAAAGGUGCCAACCGCGGUAGAGGUUGGCAAAGGGGCACAUGGGACUUCGCAUACUGCAGAUGAACCGGAGAGCACGGCGCCAUCUCUGUUACGUCCAGACUUGUGCCGUCAUGCGAGCAUCUUUUCGGAACUUGCUCCAUCACUUUUGGCAGGUUCUUCAACAUUAACCAGGAGCGACACAAUUCGACGUCCGCGAAUUGCAUCGACUACGUCCGCAACUCAAACUAGCCCCAAUGUCAGGACGGUCCACCGCACAAACGUACCUCGUAUGAGCGGGAUUGGACCACCACCUGCGGCCGUACAGACUGAUCGCUCCUCACCUCACAGUCGCUACACACAUACCAGUAUGCAAUAUUACCCGCAUAACUACCGCCCUCAAAGUGGUGUAUCAGAGGCAUCCAGCGUGGGCCGCGUGGUGGGAAUGUACUCGUCGCAGGCCCCUGAGGUAGACGCAGUCAACGAACGUCCAGCAUUGUUUUACGCGAUUUACACCCACACGCCUGAUUUAAAAGACGAAAUUGAGGUGGGUGGGGGGGACGGGAUGCUUGUGGAGCAGGUUUUUAGGGAUGGUAAGUAG